GAAAGCUGAUUGUCUUACAGCUGUCAGAGAUUAGUUUUAUUUCUUACGAAUUUAUUUUAUUCAAAAAUAAUUUUCGUCAAUUAAGUUCGCUCUAAAGUCGUUUUCAUAACAGUAUUAUUUUAUUAUACCAUAAUGACCGCUGUUUUAGGCGCUGGCAUCAGUGGCCUAUCGGCUGCUUAUUAUAUGCUGCAAAGAUUCGGAUAUCCUGCAACAAUAUAUGAAGCCUCUAAUCGUGUCGGUGGUUGGAUACGCACAGAGAGGCAUAGAGAUAAAGGUUUCUUAUUUGAAGUGGGUCCACGCACAAUUCGACCAAAGGGUAUUCCAGGUGCGAAUACGUUACAAUUAAUCGAAGAAUUAAAUUUGCCGGUCGAUCCCAUUAAAUCAUGGCAACCUGCUGCCAAAAACCGGAUGAUAUAUGCCAAGGGUCAACUUUGCCUGCUGCCCAAUAGUCUGAGUGGAAUUUUUAAAACAUUACCGCCAUUUAGCAAGCCACUUAUAAGUCAAAUUAAACAAGAUUUAACUGCAGGUAAAAAGAAGUUAAAAUUUGCAGAUGAAUCUAUUUAUGAUUUUGUAGAAAGGCGUUUCGGCACUGAGUUGGCCACCUAUGCUAUUAGUCCGAUGAUAUGUGGCAUUUGUGCUGGUGAUGCAAAGGAAAUAAGUGUACGUUUUCUAAUGAAUGACUUGUUUGAAAAGGAACAGAAGUGGGGUGGCAUAAUAAAAGGCGUAAUAUUUGAGAAACUUUUUGGAAAAAAUGAAAAACCCGUUAGCAAGGGUAUUUUCGCAGAAGCAAUGCCAAAGUUGUACGAUAAGGCGCGCCAGGAAAAAUGGAGUAUGUACAGAGUGCCGGAUGGCAUAGAAACGUUGCCACGUACACUACGUGAUCAUUUGCAGAGUAAAGAGAUUGAUAUCCAGUUUUCAGCAGAAUGUCGAGAGAUAACGUUCACACGUGAUGGCGCUAAAAUGAAUAUUAAAGGACGUGACAUUUAUCCAGAGCAUAUUAUCUCUUCAAUUCCUUCUUAUAAACUAGCAACUUGUGUGAAAAAUCAGCAUCCUUCUUUGGCAGCUUUACUCAUGUCUAUACCAUAUGUAGAUGUGGCUGUAGUUAACUUACAAUAUAAUGUACAGGAGUUGUUCAAAAUGAAAGCUUUUGGCUUUUUAGUACCACCUAUUGAGCGCCUACCCAUACUUGGUGUCAUCUUCGAUAGUUGUUGUUUCGAUAUGGAAGGUAAUACGAUACUUACGGUUAUGAUGGGUGGACGUUGGUUUAAAGAAAAUUUUGGCAAAGACCCAACACCGAAGCAGUUAUUGGACACAGCUUUACAGCAUUUAGAAUUAGUCAUGGGUAUCAAGGAGGAACCACGCUUCACGCGGGUGCACGUACUAAAGAAAUGUAUCCCUCAGUAUACGGUGGGACAUAAACAACGUGUUGCCGACAUACGACGAUAUAUAAAUCAGUACAAACUGCCAAUUUCAUUGUGUGGAGCAGCAUAUGAUGGCGUUGGUAUUAAUGACGUUAUAUUGUCAGCACGUACACAAGUUGAGUCCCUGAACAUCUCAGAGGUAUAGCUCCUUUAACUUGACAGGUGUUGACGUUAUUAAUAAAUAUGGAUUGUUAUCAACUUUGUUAUAAUAAUUUUUAUAUUGUAUAUUUUUGAUGAAUAAACGAAGGUUUAAUAGUGUAAA